AUGCGGUUCAAGACGCAGAUCAAGAAUGUAAGCGUGUUCGCUAAGUUCUGCGCCUCGUUGGCUUCGCUCGAUCAGAUCGCGUGGUGUCGGCUCAACGACGAGGAUGUUCAAUUCACAGUCAUUCCGGACAAAGGCAGCCAAGUCUGGUCCAAUCUCAAGAUCGAGACGGUUUUCGAUAGCUAUAUCAUCCAGUCAGCCGCGGAGAAGAACACUAUCAAUCUUGAAGUCCCGGUUCAGGCGCUACAGCGUGCCCUCAAAUCUGCUCUUGGCGCCACCUCCGUCCAGCUCCGGCUGACCAAGAAGGACAAUGUACCCAUGCUCUCCUUGACUAUCGUGAGCAACAGUAUCAGCAGCGGUAAUGGCGUUGUUGCACCUGCUUCGUCUGCCCGUAUUAGUGAUGAAUAUGGCGACUUUGACUUUUCAGAGGACAUUGAAGGCAGUGGCUUCGGCGAUGGAUCGGUUGGGACGACACGAGAGCGCGAGACGAUCAUCACACAGGAUGUGCCGGUCAAAGUCCUUGCACAACAGACCGUUGCACACCUCCACGAGCCGGCCACCCCUCCCUCAGAUGUCAACAUCUUUCUGCCUAGUCUCGGACAGAUAAAGAGCGUGUCGGAGAGGUUCACGAAACUGUCUUUGGCCGCCUCAAAAGGCUCCAGUGGCACCUCACCCAGACUAGAACUUAGCGCCAGCAUGCAUGGAACAUUCAAGAUUGCGAUCACUACCGAUGCGUUGUCAAUAUCCAGCAAAUGGACCGGCCUUACGCAUCCGGAACUCGAGCCUAGUAUGUUCGAGAACGGCUCGCAGGGCGUAAGAGAUGAUCCAAGCACGAGAAAGAAGGAACUUGGUGGUCCGAACGGCGAUGAUCCGGCAGGAUGGACCUCGGUGCGGAUAGAUGCGAAGGACUGGGGAAGAGUGCUGAGUGUUGGGCGGCUCAAUUCGAGGGUCAUUGCAACAUUCAUACCGGAUCAUGGCUUGGUACUUUACGUCUAUCUUCCCAAUGAAGAUAAUCCCCAAGAGGAGUCUGUACUCACCUACUACAUCAGCUCCUUCAGCGCUUAA